AUGAGUCGUGAGGGCCCGCGAUCUCGCCACCUCCGCACGUCCGCCAUUUCUUCGCGAGCCGCGGCGACAAAGAAAGCGAGGAACAACAAGGCGACUUCCGGCGGAGGGGGAUGGCGGAGCUUCACAUUUAAAGCCCGCAUCGCUGUUGCGUGUGCCACCCCUCCGGGCCCGUCGUCAGCAAGUGCACGCCGGGCCAAGGCUCUCCUCUCGCCGCUUCGAGAAUCGCCACCGCCCGGCCGGCCGGCCGCCCGCCCGCCUGCCUCUCCCCGCUUCCACGGCGCUUCCAGCCGGCUACGCGAAACUCGAGGAGCCGGGGUCGCCUCCUCUCAUUCAUCUCCAUCGCUCCCUCGGCCCGCUGUUCAGUCGCCGCUCUGUCCACCCACCAUGAAGAGGCCCAAGCAGCAGGCGGGGGGGCCUCUCAGCUUCCUCAACUUCUUCAGCCGAAAGCCCAAAUCGGAAAAGCCCGCUGAGGCCAAGACGCCUAAAGACGAGGUGGCCAUCACGCUCACCCUCAGCCGGCAACCUACGCGGGAUCAGACAACAGAAGACUCUGAAGAACGGAGACUUUCCGGAGCAGAAAUUGUCGACGGAGGCGACCGCGCGCCCAUGUUGGACGGCGCCACGGCGGAGGCGUCAACAGGCGCUAACGCCGGUGGCUCCACCGACACAUUUUCUCUAUCGGGCUCCACCCAGGACCACCUCGACGAGCACCUCGAGGAGUGCCCGCUUUGCCUGCUUAGCCAGCCUCGCCGCCGCUUCCCCGCGCUCCUCACCUGCCCUCACCGCACCUGCGCCGACUGCCUUCGUCAGUACCUCCGCAUCGAAAUCUCCGAGAGCCGCGUCGGCAUCGCCUGCCCGCAGUGCCCCGAGGCCCUGGCGCCGCUAGACGUGCGCGCCAUCCUGGACGACCCGGCUCUCCUAGAGAGGUUCGAGGAGUACCACCUACGGCGGUUCCUAGCCGCCGACCCCGACGCGCGAUGGUGCCCCGCGCCCGAUUGUAGCUACGCGGUGAUCGCGUACGGUUGCGCCGAGUGCCCCAAGCUGAGCUGCGGGCGCGCGGGCUGCGACACGCACUUCUGCUACCACUGCCGGCAGCUGUGGCACCCUAACCAGACGUGCGACCAGGCGCGGAGGCAGCGCGCGCGAAACGCGCUAGGCGCUAACGACGCCGCGGCUGCGCUCUAUGUCUUCAACGAAGAACCCGGGGCAGAUGCGGAAGAAAUCAAGCCGUGCCCUCGGUGCGGCGCGUACAUCAUGAAGACCAACGACGGCAGCUGUAACCGAAUGAACUGUACCGUGUGCGCUUGCCAGUUCUGCUGGCUCUGCAUGCAGGAGAUCACCGACGUGCACUACCUCAGUCCCUCAGGAUGUACCUUCUGGGGCAAGAAGCCAUGGUCGCAGACACGCAAAGUUCUCUGGCAGGUGGGCAUGUUGCUGGGCGCCCCCGUGGUCAUAUCGCUCAUCGCCGGCCUCGCCAUCCCAGUCAUCAUCGUGGGCAUUCCCAUCUACAUGGGCCGGAAGGUACACGGUCGUUGUAAGAAAAACAAUAUCUCAGGAAGUAAGCACUACUUAACGGUGGCGAGCGGCGUCAUGAUGUCGGUGUUUGUGUCGCCCGUUAUAGCGGCCGUCACCGUCGGUGUGGGCGUACCGCUCAUGUUGACGUACGUCUACGGGGUGGUGCCCAUGUCGCUGUGCAGGAACGGUUGGUGUCGACCGCCCGCCGACGCCCCCGACACGCUGGAGGACUUGGCUAGCUAUCUUCUCUUCUCCCACGUGGUGGCCGACCACUGGCGGGCCCAGAACAGCCCCGCGUUAGCCGACACUAGCUUACAAGAAGUUAGCGCGCAAGAAACGACCACCCCAGUCCCCAUACAGCUCCCCGGCACAAGCGCCGCGCAAGUCUACCACGCGGUCGAGGAGUCACCCGAACGACAACCGGACUGCGACGGCGCUUCUACGAGGGACGGCACCAACAUCGAAGUGCGCGUGGAAAUUGAAACGCAACGGCGAAGCGCUCGCCAGUCCAGCCUCAGCAGCCGCAGUCUGUCGGCCGAGUCGCUGGGACGACGGGCGGACGGGAACGCGUUUCCCGUCUUCGAAUCGGACGACGUGUGA